UCGGCGGCGGACGAGACCCACAGGCGCCCCCCCCCACACACACACACCCCCCGCCGGGAGCGGAGACACCGCCCCUGGGCGGUGCGGGGCCGCCUUGGCAACGGCCGGCGGCGGCAAGAUGGCGGACGACUUGGAUCGGUUACUGGACGAAGUGGAGAGGCGGCUCUGCCGCCUGCCGGGGCGCGGGGCGGCGGGCGGCUACCGGCGCGGCGGCGAGGCGGCGGCGGCGGCGGCGGCGGCGGAGAGCAGGUCAGCCAAACUGUUAAUGAGUCCUGGCAGCAGUGAGGAAGAUAUAGACGACAUUAUUGAUGAAAUCUGUAAUGACAGCAGCUUUACCAAAACACCACUGAAAUCGAAGUCUAACACUGCAAGUCUCACACCUGAAGGAAAUAGUGCUGUUGCACGGGCUCAUAGGAAAAGGUGCUGUCCAGUGUACCUGGGUGGAAGCUCUUCACCAUGUGGCAUAGGAACAAAUAUUUCAAAAAGAACGUGUGAUCAACUACGUUGUACUGCUUGUGACUUCUGUGUAUCACUUUUCAAUGACUACAUCUGGGAUCAGUCCUGUGAUUAUCUUUUUUUCAGGAAUAACAUGCCUGAACUCAGUAAACUUAGAGCGAAGAUGAUAAAGAAGAAAGGAGCACGAGCAUAUGCUUGUCAGUGCAGCUGGAGAUCCAUUGAUGAAUUAACUGACCUCCAAACAGACCAGCAGCUUCGGUGGGUUUGUGGUAAACAUGCAGAAUGAAGUCCUUUUGCGUGUGGUACCUACUUGUGUGGAAAUAGGGUAUAAACUUAAUUUGUUUCACACACAGUUUUCUGAAAACAGAUGGAAACGUGAGUACUUAUAUCUAGAAAUAGAUUAUAACACCCAACUUCAACCUGAAAACUUUUUUCAGUUUAACUGUCUUGCAAGCAAUAUGGGCAGUUGAAUUAUUAGAAGAAACAACCAGUUUGGAGGCAUUACAGAAGAUAAAUGAGGUUAAAGCUCACACACAGUAGUGUUAAAGAAAGGAAGAGGAAAUCAACAGAUUUAGGCAUGGGGCAAAGCACCUUGAGACUAUUCCUCAUAUCUAGCAGAGAGCCUUAUUUCCUGUAUCUGCAGAAGCUUGGACUCAAAGUGGUGGGUUGAGUUGCAGCCAUGAUGCACAAGCGUAUGAAUUUCUGCACAGAAACUAAUACUGCUGUUCUGCUUUGCUCAUAGCUGUUAAUGGGCAGGUGGUUUUAGAUCUCUUAAAAAAUUACAGCAACAUCAGCUCUCACCUCAAAGGUUUCAGUGCACCCCAGAAUUUUACUUUCUUUUACCUACCAGUAGCCAAAAACUGCAGGUGCUGGAAAUUUCCUUCCAGUUCCUACUGCUUUCUUCAAAACACUUUCUGCUGAUUAAAGACUUUUACCACAGUGAAUUUCUUGAACUUCCCUUCAGCCUUUACUGCAAGAAGCGAACAAGUUAUUGUGCAAUUAUUAAACAUUGUGCAAUUUUAAAGAGUCUCUGAAGAACAUAUGACUGUCAAUAUUUUUAAGGGGCAAAAGGGUCCAGGCUUUUAAGAGUGAGAAAAUAUAUGACCCCACUGAUGUUCAAAUUUGGAUUUUUUUCAGUUUCACUUAGAUUUCACUUCAGCUUUAAUUCAAAAUGCUACAUAUUCAGAAAGUGUAACUGUCCUGUUUCAAUACACUCCCUUCCCCCAGUAACAUCAUAAAACUACUUCCAGUAUCAUGUUACUUGGUGAACUGUCUUGAUUACAGUUAAUGUCUGUAUAGUUCAUGAGCUCUUUCUUUUCAUUAUAAAUAACACACAAGAUGGGUUUGGGUUUUGGGUGAGCAGAGAGGAAGGAAAGGAUUACCAGUCCUGGCAAUUACUACAUUGAAAAGUGUCUCAAAAUGAGAAGUCUGUCAGUAUUUUUGCUAUGCAGUAUGUGAUACUGUACAGAUAAAUGCAAAAUUAAUUACUUUGUGCAAUUCUAGCUCUAGAGAACCAUGUCUUUUUUUGUGAAGUUUUGCUCAUGGCCUUAAUCUGUACAUUGUCAAUCUGCCGUUUUUCUGAGUUUUUCCAACACAAUUGCAUGGUCUUUCUUAGAGAGGUCACCUCUCAGAUCUGUCGCUUUGUCUGUACCCCUCUGAAAGAGCAGAUCCAGGUAGUGACCAGAGGCAUAAUGUACUCUGCACCCUGCUCACCUUCCCCCUUGGUGAGAGUAUUUUUAGAACCUGCAGACGAGCAGUGUGCCCGGGAGGCCUGGCAGUGCUUACGUCCACAGCGCUUCGGUGCUCUGGGGUGCGUGUUCCAGUGCCACAUGCAGCCUUGCUAGUAGGUUCAGAGGUGAGUUGGCUUUGGAGAGGUACUACUUGGCAUAGUGAUGUAGAUAUAUUUAGGGUCAUGUAUUGUUUUCAAUGCAAUUGGUGUUUCAGGCUGAAGUUUUAACUGCUAGAGUCUAAAACUGCAGGUUCAGGAGACAGAAAGACCCAGAGACCAGCUGACCGAUGCUCAAUCAGCUACUGGAAGAGGUCUGCUUGCCUCUCCUUUGUGAAGAGAUAGCCCCGGUGUGGACUGUAAGCAGUAGGUGUUCCUGGGUUUUCUUCAGGUGGGCCUGAACAAUUUACAUUCCUAGAGAACAUGGCUCAUGGUAAGAGAAGAAUCCAGCAGUAGUAUGUAAUUUAUGAACAAGUUCUAGUGAAGAAGAAACCUACUUUCCGUUCUUCUUCUUGAAGAAGAAUGCAUUUCAGAAAGUGCUGAGUUGCCUUGACUUGCCUGUUCCAAGGCCAUUUGAAACUGAUGACCAGGUAUCCCCAGAAGAUGCUCUUCUGGCCUGGAUUUGCACUGGAACUCAUGCCACAUGUAGGGAACAAGUUGGGCUUGCAACCUGUGAGCAGGAAACGGGGAAAAUCCUAACACCUAUCUCAGUUCAUGAGACCAAGUCUUACGUGACUUGGAAAAGGAGCGUGUCUCCUGUACCCUGUUUUAAACAGAAAUAGUCAUCCUCUCUGGAACAGUUUGUACUACCAAGUGUGUGAAGCAAAGCAUGUGGAAACAAAAGUUCAAGGCAUCCAUUCUAGUGAUUUUUAUGACAACGAGACAGCCAGCAGCACUUGGAAAGCGGAGGCCAGGAAGGAAUUGAGAGAAAAAGACUGAGUGUAGGAGAAGUAGAAAGGAUUAACACCAAUACCUAUUGACAAUGUUAGUCAGCAUUUCUCCUAGGUCACCUCAUCCCUCAGUCUUUUGUUAGCCCGGAGAGUUGUGGAAAGAGAGCUCUCUUUCUGGGUAGAGAUUGUUGUUAGGCCGUUGUAUCAUUAGUGCCAUUAAGACUGCACUCCAAGCGCUGCAAAGGUUAGAAGAUAAUCUUUAUUGGUAAGCAUAUGUGGAAACCUGAGCGUUCCCCUGGAAUCAUCGUAUUUAUUCAAGUGUAGUUACUUGUUCCUGGCCUUGGUCAGAAUGGUGGGCUGUGGCAGCUCUUUGUCCAAGUGAAGUUUUAAAGAAGUGCAGAAAUAGUGCUUAUUGUAUUAAUUUUCAUUACAGAACUUAGUAUAUUUCUAGAUCUGAUAACAGCUAGUCUGUCAUUAAAUAUAAUUAUUUCGUUGGAAAUAUUGGAGUGGUAUUAAGUAUUUGAUUUCCCUUCCUUUGCUUUCUUCAGUUCUGUGUUACAAACCGCAAAAAAGUCCUCAAAUAAAAAGAAUGUAAAGAAAGGUAAAAUUAGAGCUUGAAUGUUCAUUUGAUGAAGGUAUUGUAAGAUUGCACAAGGUUUCAGAGAUGUAGCCCAGACCCUAACUGAUACUUCCGUGUCAGUUAUCUGAGAUGGCAGGGAUUAUGUAAAGAAUUUUGUUGAAGAAUGCCAUUCAGCUGUUGUCAAACGGAAGUACUGGAGAGCAGUUUUGCUAAGUAUAAAUGUGACCAUUGUUUUCCUCCAGUUUUUUUGCUUUGGAAGUAAUAAUACCAUUUCUGUUUGUAAAAUGGGCAAGGUGAAAACUUGAGACUUUCAUUUUACUUAGGUGAUAUGCUUGGAAAUUUUCUAGCCUGCAGCAUUAGUCUGCAGCAGAUCUCUCAACAAAACAAAAGCAAUGGAGGAUGACAAAAUGAGAAUCCAUGCAAAAGCAUUCACUUGGAAACAUAUCAGUGGUUUAAUGUCACACCAGCUUUUCUAAAACUGUGUUCCUGCAGUGUUUCUGGAUAGGAAUCCAAUUCAGGUGUACAUAGUACAUUUUUAUAGCUUUUCUUUAUCAAAUGUUAAUGUGCUGUUCUGACUAUAUCUCACUUGUUUUACCUGCAAAGCAUGGAGGGUGUCUGACCCAGGUGCUGAAUGUAACUCAGAAGAGUAAUUAUUAAGAAUCUUGUCCUCCCAUUAAAUUUAACUUGCAGAAGCAUAAUAGCAUUACAUAUUGGAAGAUCUUCACUGUAUAAAAUUGAAUAAAGACACUGCUUUUUUUUGUUUCAGUUUUGUAUUUAAGGUACUUUGCAAAUGCUAGACACUGUAAGCUGCCACUUGUUGAAAGACCACUCGGUUCUCUUGUGUCCUGACAUGUGAGUCUUUGGGUCACGUAACCAGCACAUACGGUACUCGCACAAUAGGAGAGGGACUGUGUCGGGAGCUGUGUGGGCAAAUUUUUCUCCCUGCCAGACUCUUUUAGCACAAGACCUGACCAGUUUUUUCUGUUGUGUGACACCCAAUAACUGCAGACAGGCCAACCUGUGGGGGAUGGAGAAAAGGAGUGUGAGGUGCUGCUCAUUCGUGAGGACCACAUAUGAUGCCUCCAACUGGACACGUGUGCUUCAAGGAAAAGUAUUUUUCAAAUGUUGACACUUCAGUAAAAU